CCAACCUGCUCACACUGGUCAUUGCGUCGAUCAUUACAGUUGACUUGUUGCAUCCUUCUCGCCCUGGGCAAUCUUCAGGAAAAGCAACAGCAUGGAGUAUGCAGGUGUGGAGCCAACGAAUAUGGAGUUCGCUCUCUUAGAAAAGAUUACUAAUGGUUUCUCCAAGGAGCUUGGCAAGGGUGCGUUUGCAACGGUUUACGAGGGACUGGAUGAAUAUGGGAACAAAUUUGCUGUCAAGAAGCUCAAUGGGCUGCAUGGAAUUAGCGAUAAGAAAUUUGAGGACGAGCUUAAAAUUAUGAGAAUGCUCCGACACGAAAAUAUCAUACGGUUAGUUGGCUAUUGCCAUGAUAAGAUGCACAUGGCACUCUGCUUGGAGCAUAUGCCUAAUGGAAACCUCGACGAGCUUCUUCGUGGUGGACGUGAUACAUACGAUUGGAAGACAUGCUAUGGAAUAAUUACUGGGAUUUGUCAGGGUUUGAAUUACCUCCACAAUGGAUUCGAAGAGCCUAUUUAUCAUUUGGAUUUAAAGCCAGCCAAUGUAUUGCUGGAUGAGAAGAUGGUUCCCAGAAUUGCAGAUUUUGGGAUAUCAAGGCUCCUCAGAGGUGAACGUACGCAAGUUACACAAACUUUUCAAGGAACAUUUGGGUACUUACCACGAGAAUUCAUAGACCACGGUACAAUAUCAAAUAAGGUUGACAUAUUCAGCUUAGGUGUUGUGAUCCUAAAAAUGAUGGUAGGAUGCGACGCUUACUUGAAAUUCACUGACAUGUCUCCCGGUGAAUCUUUCGACGAAUUCAAGGAACUAAUGUGGGAAUACUGGAUGAAUAGGAUGCUUGAGAACACAUAUUCUGAACAAGUAAAGGUAUGCAUUGAAAUUGGUUUAAGUUGUGUGGAGAAUGAUCGAAACAAAAGGAAAGCUAUAAAGGAUAUUGUCGGUAUACUGAAGCAGACAGAAAUUGAAUGUGCUGAUGCACCAAAGAAAGAGUUGUUGUGGAUUUCCAAGUUUGCUAAACUGGAUAGGCUCAACGGCCCUGCGCGUCUUAUGGUUGUUUCAAAUCUCGAUUAUACAAUGGUUGAUGAUGAAGACGAAGAGAACUUGUCUUUGCUUAGGUUUGGGGCCCUUUGGGAGUCUGCUUACAGCCAGGAUUCUCUUCUUGUCUACUCCACUGGAAGGUCACCUGCUCGGUAUAAGGAAUUGAAGGGACAGAAGCCUAUGCUACCAACUCCAGACAUCACUAUUAUGUCCGUGGGCACUGAGAUAACUUAUGGUGAGGACAUGGAUCCUGACGAUGGCUGGGUGGAAUAUCUGAACAAUAGGUGGGACAGGAAUAUUGUUCUUGAGGAGGCGAAGAAGUUUUCUCAGCUGUGGUUUCAGGCAUAUACAGAACAACGUCCACAUAAGCUCAGCUUUUAUGUUAAAGAGAAAUAUGAUUUGCAGGAAGUGGAGCGGUCUCUCUCCAUGAAGCUUAAUGAGCGUGGGGUACAUGUGAAAAUGAUUUUCAGUGCUGGCCGAGCCCUUGACAUAUUAGCUAAAAGGGCUGGAAAGGGUCAGGCACUUGCAUAUUUACUCAAGAAGUUAGGCUCAUUCGGAAAAACACCAAAGGAUACUCUUGUUUGUGGUGACACUGGUAGCGAUGCAGAAUUAUUCAGCGUCCCUGAUGUCCAUGGCGUCAUGGUUAACAAUGCCGAAGAGGAACUAGUCCAGUGGUACGCAGCAAAAACGGAGGAUAAUCCUAAGGUAAAAGUAAUGCAUGCAACUGAGAGGUGUGCUGCUGGUAUUAUUCAAGCUAUUGGGUACCUCAAGCUAGGACCUAAUGUUCCUCCAAGAGACUUUAAUUUUCCUUGCAUCAAGGAGGACUCUUUCAAGCCUACAGCGGCCGUCGUGAAGUUCUAUGUUCUCUACGAGAAGUGGCGUAGGGCUGACGUUCCAAAGGCUGAUUCAGUUAAAGAGUACUUCAAAAAUGUCACUGAUGCAAAUGGGAUUAUUAUUCAACCUUCUGGGCUUGUCCUUUCAAUCCAUUCAUCCAUUGAUGCGUUGACUUCAUGUUAUGGUGACAAACAAGGGAAACGGUACCGAUCAUGGGUGGACAGACUAGGUAUCUCACAGAGUGCUUCUCACAGUUAUCUUGUGUGGUUCGACUUGUGGGAGUCAGAAGGAAAUAAUGCGCCGGUGUGCUGUCUAACAACUCUUGCGCUGAAUAUAAAGCCUGAAACGCCGGAGGGUUUCGUGGUAACACGCAUCCACAAGACUUGGCUCAAAGGAUAUUCUGGAGAUGAGCGGCCAUCCCAACUAUAGGUUGGAUAUCGUCAGCACGCGGGAAGGAAACUAUCAUUCUAAUCAAAUAAGAAACGCACAUAAAACACGAGUAUUUCUUUUUCAUAUAGGCCGGCAGUAGACACCCUGGCCGGAUAGAGAACUUCCUACUAAAGUCAAUUCCUUAUUUUUAUGAAAGUAUCUUCGAUCUUUGUUUUUAGAUUAUAAGGCCAGAGAGCUUUUUAAUUCGGUUAGGAAUUAUAUAACAUCUACUCCAUUUUCAUCUCUCUUAA